AAUAUUUGUGAUGACAUCAGAUAUCUGUAAGUUUUAUACCGGGAAAUCACUCUUUAUAACCGGAGCCACUGGUCUUUUGGGUAAAGCUUUGGUUUGGAAAUAUGUGAAUGAAUGCCACGGAAUCGACACAAUCUAUAUUCUCGUGCGACCGAAGAGGGGAAAGACGGCCAAAGAGAGGGCCGAAGAGUAUAUCUCUGAUCCCAUAUUUGAAUUGAAUGGUUUGCGAGAGUCGGGCAAAUGCGACAAAAUAGUGGCCAUCGCUGGCGAUACAGUGGCGCCCGGACUCGGCAUUAGUCCGGCCGAUAGGGACGAGAUCAUCGCUAACGUGCAUAUAAUGAUCCAUUUGGCGGCCUCUGUCCACCUGAACCCUCCACUCCGGGAUGCGGUGCAACACAAUCUUCGACCAAUUGUUCCGUUGAUUGAGUUGUGCCAUCAGAUGAAACGACUUCAAUGUCUGGUCUACUCGUCCACUACAGCCAUACUUAACGGCUCGGACUUCGCUGACGAGAAGGUCCAUAAGAAUUUGGUGGUUUCGCCCGAAUAUAUGCUAAAAAUGUGCGAUUCUGUGUCCAAUGAAGUGUUGGACAAAUUCCGAAAGUUUUUCUUUAGAGAGUUUAAUAAUACUUAUUGCAUAUCAAAAGCAUUGGCCGAACAGCUUCUGCAACAGGAGUCCAAUCGACUUAACAUUGUUAUCGUCAGACCGUCGGCAAUAUUGUGCGCUUAUGAGGACCCGACUCCGGGUUGGCUUCAAGGCAUUCAGGGCAGCACUUCGGCUGUGGUGGCCGUCGGUCUCGGACUCAUGAAAGUGUUUCCGUCCCGAAGGUUUGGCGCUCAAUGUGUAAUACCUGUUGAUUUUGUGGCCAACGGACUAAUUGCCAGUGUUUGGUUCAAUUGUAAACAAUGGUUAAUGUUUAUGCAAAAUAAACUCAAAAUCCAAUUAGAAGUGUAUCUCAAACAUUGGAUGUUUGCUUAUAUCGUACAAUUCUUGUCCAAACUGUCGGGCAUUAAGACGGGAAUUAUGAAAAUUACAACAAAGUUAAAUCACAAUAUGAAAGACAUCCGACUAUUUAUGAAGACAUCACCAGAAUAUGAGAUCACAAAUACAUUCGCUCUUUUGGAUCAAAUGUCAGAAACUGAUCGUCGGAUCUUUGGCUUUGAUAUCCGGGAGAUUGAGUGGAAAAAAUACAUUGAAAACUAUUGGUUCGGUUGCCGACGGUUUAUACUGAAGGAGACCGACGAAGACAUGCGGAAAGCGAAGAAAAUCUAUAAGAAGUUUGCUUUGGUGUGGAAAUAUGUGAACGAAUGCCACGGAAUCGACACAAUCUAUAUUCUCGUGCGACCGAAGAGGGGAAAGACGGCCAGAGAGAGGGCCGAAGAGUAUAUCUCUGAUCCCAUAUUUGAAUUGAAUGGUUUGCGAGAGUCGGGCAAAUGCAACAAAAUAGUGGCCAUCGCUGGCGACACAGUGGCGCCCGGACUCGGCAUUAGUCCGGCCGAUAGGGACGAGAUCAUCGAUAACGUGCAUAUAGUGAUCCAUUUGGCGGCCUCUGUCCACCUAAACCCUCCACUCCGGGAUGCGGUUCAACACAAUCUUCGACCAAUUGUUCCACUGAUUGAGUUGUGCCAUCAGAUGAAACGACUUCAAUGUCUGGUCUACUCGUCCACUACAGCCAUACUUAACGGCUCAGACUUUGCUGUUGAGACGGUCCCGAAGAAUAUAGUCAUUUCGCCCGAAUAUGUACUAAAAGUUUGCGAUUCUGUGUCCGACGAAGUGCUGGACAAACUCCAAGAAUUUUUCUUUCGAGAUUUUAAUAACACUUAUUGCAUAUCAAAAGCAUUGGCCGAACAGCUUCUGCAACAGGAGUCCAAUCGACUUAACAUUGUUAUCAUCAGACCAUCCGCUGUAUUGGGUGCGUGUGUGGAGCCGACCCCGGGUUGGCUUCAAGGACUUCAGGGCACCACUUCUGCAGCCGUAGCCAUUGGUUUGGGUCUAAUGAAUGUAUUUCCGUCCCGAAAGUUUGGCGCUCACUGUGUAAUACCCGUUGAUUUUGUUGCCAACGCUUUGAUUACUAGCAUUUGGUCCAAUUGUAAGAAAUGGUUGAUGUUUUUGCAAGACAAACUAAAACUACGGCUAGAAGUCUAUCUUAAACACUGGAUGUUUGCGUUAAUAAUGCAUUUUUUGGCCAAACUGUCGGGCAUUAAGACGGGAAUUAUGAAUAUUACUGAAAAAAUGAAUCACAACAUGAAAGACAUCCGACUAUUUAUGAAGACAUCACCGGAAUAUGAGAUCACAAAUACGUUCGCUCUUUUGGAUGAGAUGUCAGAAACGGAUCGUCGGAUCUUUGGUUUUGAUAUUCGGGAGAUUGAGUGGAAAAAAUACAUUGAAAACUAUUGGUUCGGUUGCCGACGGUUUAUAUUAAAGGAAACCGACGAAGACAUGCAAAAAGCAAAAAUGAUUUAUAAAAGGGUUUAUAUUAGAUAUCAUAUAAUGAACACUCUUUGGCUAACGUUCUCAUCCCUAAUGUUAUACAUGUUUUUCUAUGUAAUUUGCGAUUUGAUUGGUUUGGACUUCUUUUUGCCGACGGUUUCCACACUUCUUAACCCGACUUCGAUAUUUGACUCGUGGGGUCACUUUCCAGUGGGCUUUAUGGACGGCACGUUCGGAGCGUUAGGCGAUUUUGACCAAUGCCUUAGAGUGAGCACCGAUGACAACACCAACAGUGAACUGCAAUUUGUGGGCAAAUACUGUAGUCCGCGGUUUGAGCUGCCAUUUGACGCCGACUUUAGACAAUCAAACGACUCGGUCUAUAGGGAGGCAUUCAAUGCCUUCUCUCAGCUUAAAGAGCGUAUGAUUACUAACGCGUUUUGCAUACCAUCUCUCUCUAAACACAGGACAACAUUAGUAUUGGGCGGAGAUUUUGCCUCUCAAAUCAUGAUGAAUGCGGCCGUUUUUAUUGAGCUAGUGUUUUACAUGAGGUGA